CUGUAACAUGUAAUAACACUGUAAUACUGUAAUAAUAAUGUAAUGUGCUAAAUCUGGCUUUCUAAAUUCCACCCCGGUGGCCUCACUGGGUCUCGACCUUUCCCCGGUGGCAGGAGGCGGACCCGUCCGAGCGCGUCAUCGCUCCCAUGCGGUGGGGCCUGGUCCCCUCUUGGUUCAAGGAGCGCGACCCUCGCAGCCUGCAGUUCAACACCACCAACUGCCGCAGCGACACCAUCUUGGAGAAAAGGUCCUUCAAGGUGCCUCUUGGGAAGGGAAGACGCUGUGUCGUGUUGGCAGACGGAUUCUACGAGUGGCGGAGAUGUCCCGGGUCCGGCCAGCGGCAGCCCUACUUCAUCUACUUCCCCCAAGCCCAAACGAAGCAGGCCGGCGGCGGCAGCGGCGGCGGGGGUCCCCCACGCGGUCUCGGGGACCGGGAGGCGGUCUGGGAAGAUUGGAGGCCGCUGACCAUGGCCGGCAUCUUCGACUGCUGGGAGCCCCCCGAGGGAGGCGACGCCCUGUAUUCCUUCUCCAUCAUCACGGUGGACUCCUGCCAAGCCCUGAGCGACAUCCACCACAGGCGAGUCACCCUCUGCCCGGGGCCCGGAAGGAUCCGAAGGAGGAUUUGGCCUCCGCGUCCCCUUCCCGUGUAGCCGGAUUUUAGAGGACGGGAAAAGCUGUGCGUUGUUGUUCCCAAAGACACACUCCUGAUCCAGACCUCGAAAUGCCAAGGAAUCAGAGAAAUAAUAAGUUAUAAAAAAAAAAUUAGGCCGGGGCGCCUCCGGAGGCGCACGCCUGUCGUCCCGGGGCU